AUGAGGUCCUCUUGGUCUCAUGACUCACAGCAAAGCAAGGCAAGAUUGCCUCCUUUGAGUCGUUCGCCUGUGCCAGGGGACGUUCCUGCAUGCAAAUCUUCUUCCGUUUUGUCCGCCUCGGGUGUUUUGGCACGCCGAAGACCAGAACCUCACAGACUUGACCCACUGCAAGGUCUUUCGUCCUCUGCUAGCUUUGAAGUGACGCCCUCCGUUGCGUCCAAUGCAGAUGCUGAUGCUUUGAAGGCGAAGGCGAAAGCCAAGGUCUUAGAUGGUAAGGCAUUGGCAGAGGAGCUUGCAGGGAAGCCGGAAGUGCAGCGGGAAAGCGUUGACGAAAGAGUGCAGAAGAAGGCCAAAGCAGUGGCAUCCCUCCAGAAGCUUUUCUUUGAGGAGCUGAGAGAUUCAGGGGACCGGAACGCUGCAGCAGCGACCGCUCUGCGGCGUUUGGUAGAAGAACGCCCUGAGGAGUACAAUUUGACUGUCACCUGCCCUUGA